AUACUGGUGGUUAUAGCCCAUUGUUGAACACAGUUGAACAUCCAUAUGAAACCAGUGGUGGUGCGCUGGUAUAUAAAUUAUUAUCCCCUGUCCAUUGAUCUGUGGAAAACAAGCGAGGAGCUCUUGACUCAUGAAUCUCAUAUAGCAACACACGUCAUUCACAUACACUGUGGCAUCAUAAAAUCAUAAAUGAAUUAGACUUCAAUUGACAAGCUCGUAUUCAUUCGCUUGAAAAGCGUGUACACGCUGAGGGGGAAACACACUUUGAAAACUAUUCAUGCUUGUGAUUUCUUUAUUUGCUAGUUACUGUUUGUGAACUAAAGCAGGAAACGGGUGAGUAUACUGACGCGCCAAAUUCCGAACAUUGUUCAGAAUUCAGGUGACUCCUGUAUGUGCGUGCAUGUAUCUAGCUGAAAUAAUGGCGACAAUGUCGCGUCUGUUUCGCAGAUAUCAUGGUGUCCAUGAUCGACAAAUUGGACCUGGCCUGGUUCUCGUCCUGGUUCUUGCCAUCAUCUCUCUGGGCGUGGGAUACGUCGAGCCCUCGUCAACACAGGAACCUUCGAAUGAUACAAAAGUUCGUUUGAUUGAAGGAUCCGACAUACAUGAAGGUGUUCUUGAAUACUUCCAUCCAUUGGAAAAAGUAUGGCUACCCGUGUGUGGUGAAGGCGUACAGACAGAAGAUGCAAAUGUUGUUUGUCGAGAGCUUGGAUUCCAUGGAGCUGACGUCAUCAAGAACGUCACAGGAUUCACAAAAAAUGUAACUAGUGCUCUGUUGAAUGUGUGGUGUGACACAGUGGAUGGAGUACAUAUACCACACAACUCCUUGGACCAAUGCUUACAGAGCGGUGUAGCGGAUAUUCAGUCGUGUAAUGAUAAGGCGGCUCAUAUUAAAUGUUUGACUACUCGACUGACCGGCGGGCAUGACAUGUCCAGUGGUCGGCUAGAGGUGUGGUCACCGGGCUUUGGCUGGGGAAAGGUUUGCAGUCCAAACUUCGGAGAGAAAGAGCAGGAAGUCACCUGUCGUGAGCUUGGAUACAUGUACGUCAACUUAGAGAAUCUGGGAAGCGCAAAUCAGUUUCAGGAUUCUGCUCUGACGUAUGAAUGGGAGGAUGUAAGAUGUACUGGAUCUGAAACCAAACUAGAAAACUGUGAUGUGGAUACCACUGGCUCUACUAGCUGUCCUGGUGAUAAUGAUGCAUACGCAUCCUGCACUAACAUCGAGUCUGAUCCAGGUAAACCUCCUUUCAUGGGUGUGAAGUUGUUUGAUGGGCCAUGUGAGAUGGAAGGUCGACUGGAGGUCUUCGAUGGUAAUGAUUACGGUACGGUCUGUCAAGAACAUAUCACUCAGCUCGAUGCACGGGUCGUCUGCCGUCAACUGGGCUUCGAGUACGAGAAUGCUGAGGUGGUUAAAUGCUGUGAUACCUACCCCGCUGCUAGGGUGGGAGCCUCUGAUUUAUUUGGAGUUCUUAAUUGCACUGGUGACGAGUCCAUGAUUGCUCAAUGCCCCCACCCUCCGGUCGGAUCCAGGGUGGGAUGUACCACGUUGAGACACGUCAAUGAUGUGGGGAUCAGAUGUCAAGCUUGCCAAAUAAAAAAGGUCAACAUGGCCGCUGUGAUCGGCGGUGUCAUCGCCUUCACUGUCGUCUUUAUCGUCAUUGGUGUCGUGCUGUGGUACAUCUGCUAUAUCCCUAGGAGGAAAUACGAGGCUGCUGCCGACGAACAAGACGACGAGCCCGACAUUGAACCAAAGGAUGAGACCAUCGAUGAAGUACCGACGGCUAAUGGGUUUGAGGAGAAUGCCAAUGAAGAUAUGGGAACCGAACUGAACGAUGAUGACUUACGGGAAAAGAAAAUAGAAACGGAAGAUUCAUUCGUUUGAUGAUUCCCGAACAAUUGUUGUAUAGUGUAGGCCUACAAACGUACUAACGAAAAUCAACUUUGCUUGAAGGCGAGUCGAUCCAUCCCCUCAUUAUAACAUCAACAUGGUCAAGUUGAUUUGAAUAAAAUAGAGAAAAAACGCUAUAUACAGUGCGUAUCAAUAAAAAGUUUACACUUUGAAAAAGUCCUGGGAAUUAAAAAAUAUACAUUAUGAGGAUAUUUUUUUCACAUAUAUUCUUGAGUUUGAGUCUCAUCUAUCAUACGAAAGUUAAAAGAAAAUGACAGAAUGUCGCACUUGAGUGAGCAUUGUCCAUUUUUGUAAAGCUCGCAAAAAUCGGUUUGCGCAGAAGUGCUCAUUUUCACGCGGUGUCAAGGAAAAAAGGCGAAAACAAAUUGACCGAGCGGAAUAUUUCUCAUACAUUUCUCUUGCAUUUUAGCCACUUGAAAUAAAACAGAUACAUUUAAACAUUAUGUAACAAUUUUGCCACCCAAAUUAACAUUUUAACCCUAGGUAAGCACAACCUAUGCCCUUUUUGUGCCAGAUGGAUCUGAGCCAGGACAUAACUGAAUGUAAACAAAAGUAUAUUUCAGACAUCUCCAGCAUUUUUUUUUCAUAUUUCAUUUACUUUUUUCUUUACACUUUUCCGAAGAUGAACAAUAAUUAACAAACCGAAAAUCAAGCCUAAGCCAUUUCAUGUGUAUCACAGCUCUGUGUAAAGCAGAUAUCACCACGAUGGCCUCGGUGCGUGGGAAGGGGCGGGGUGCAAUGGCGCUCUAUGAUUUUUUUUUGGCAAGAAAACCAGUUGAAAAGGUAAGAGAUAUCUUCAAAUCAAUCUUCCUAGCUAAAGUCCAUUUGUUCUUCAUGAUUAACGUCUUCUUUUAUCCAUUUAACAAUGUCCAAGUUCUGCUGCGCAAAUCAUUUUCACGAACUUUUCAAAAGUUAGUGUUGCUCACUCAAGCGUAAAGAUUUUUCGACAGUUAUAUCGUCAUUUGCUUUAAGAGAUCUGUGCCAACGUUUAAAUGUGUAAAAAGCUUCAGCAUAUUACAAACAUAUAAUUUUACAGGUUUAUUUAGAGUGUAAACUUUUUUUAAUACGCACUGUAUAUCCUUAAUUUGGGUAAAACAGGAACAACUGAGAGGAAAUCGUCUGAAUGCCCGUUGAACCGGGUGUACUUUUUUUUUAAGUUUGCCUAGUUUCUUGAAAUAUUUAUUAUGGAUAACACGAGGGGUAUGUUAAUAGACUGAGGAGCUUAUUUGCUUUACAAUAAUCAUUAUUGUCUUUGUGUUUGAUUUGAUUGUAUGCUAUACUAAUUGAUAUGUAUCAAUAAUGGUUAAACGACGAUUUUAUUGAUAGAAAAUAUGACACAUUUUGAAAUUUCAUACAAUAAAGUACAAAAGAAGAAGUGAUUAUUUGACAUCAUCGGCUCUCUUAUUGCUUUACCAUCUUAACACAAUUUUGUUAAAGUUAGAAAUACCAUGAUUUUGUUGGGUUUUUUUUCAUAUCCGAUUUUGAUGUAAUCGUCAGUGUUAUGUUUUUUUAAUUUGUCUCUAUUUCAUUAAAUGUAUUUGUUGUAAGGUUGGACUUGGGCUUUAAGGCAAUGUAAACAUUCUUUUUCACCACGUUUUACAAUGCCAUAGCAAUGACUAUCAUCCAAUUAUAAUUAUUUUGUUAAUUCAUGUGACAUGUAUAUAAAACAACUCAAUUAUAUCAAAACUUUCAGGUGACAUUUUGUACUGAAGUGUAGGAAUUCUAACCAGGGUGGCCGCCCUUGUGAUUUUUUUUUCAAGUGAUUAAAAAGUCGGGAAUGGAAGAAAAAGAGAUAGAAGGAGAAGAAAGAAGAGUAUCAAAACGAGAACUUAUAAUAGUUUACCCCUAAUAUUCCAUUGAUAAAAGAUGACUUCAUAUUUAGGUUGCGCCUCACCCUUUAUCAAAAUGGCGUAGAACUGCCCCUCGUAAUGACGAAAAAAUAAUGUAGGCUGAGGUAUAACUGAAUAACCUUGCCUAUGGCUCUGGUAAAUUCACCUAAAUAUUGUGUCUUCAAUCUUCAGAAAAACGCAAAAGAAAUGAAAUAUUACUAAAGGCAUAUGUACAUUCAAGUGAACUCAACUUCAUUAUACAUAGAGGCAUGUAAUACUAAUAUUUAUUUGAAAUAUUGUUGUUAAAAAUGUUUUGUAGGGUUGUAGAUGUCAAGAGAACCGAAUGAAAUACGAGAUUUUGUGCAAAGAUUAUAUUUUGAUUAUUUACAUGUUUAUUAUAUUAUUCAAUUCAACUGAAAUUAGAAUUUUAUGAAUUAUAAGAUCUUCAAAAAUAAUAAACAUUUUAUACGUAUAGUAUAAGUGAUUAUUUGAUAGAUGAGGUAAUUCAAACCAUUUGUUGAAUGAGAUGACAGGAAUUUGUUAAACAUGAAACUGUAUAUUGAUGUAAUAUAACUAUAAUAAGUAUUCACUGGAAUAAAAGAAAUGAAAAAAGUGAUUAAAAUCAAACAAAGAAAAGAGUAGCAUGAUCACAAUCGGACAGGAUGGAUAAUAAAUGAACGGCAUAGACUUGAAGUUUCGAGUUAUUUUUUAUUCAAUUUACAUGUAUAAUACUCAAGAAUAUAUAUGAAGAGGUUUUAUUUUAUACUCAGUCUCCACAAUCUGAAACAUAAUCAUCUGUAAUUUGUAUGUACAGUGCUGUAUAGUAGUCUAAAGGGCUUUCAUGUGUAAUAAAACAAUCGUAUUUGUACAAAA